AAAACAUUUGGUUUUAAAGCACAUGUAUCAUAUAGGAUGAAUGGUGCUUAUUAAUGGCCGACCUAUCUUCUAGACAAGAGUCAAAUUAAUUGAGAUGAUUGUAACCGUUCAUCUAUAGGAAAGACACUGGCACACUGCACAUGCAAAAAGAUGUGACAUUUUGGCCAUGAUUAUAAGUUCUUAGCAUGCAAUAUUCUAGGGAUGGUCUUUACCAAGCUUUUCACAUCCUCUAGGUGUAAGAUGAAUUGAUAUUUUCUUGACCUUAACUUAGCCACUUCAAGGGGUACGUUAUUCUGAAUUAAGCCAAACAAACUGUUCUAUAUCCUUGAGUAUACAAGCCCAUAACUUUGUGUGCGUAUGCAUUUUAAAUAAAUGUUCACCUAACUUAAAUUUCUCAAGCAAAUUCGAUGCCUAACUUUGUGUUCUGCUUUUAUUUUUUGUUCAAUGAACCAAUAGUGAACCAAGGUCUGGCUACACUAGCCUUUUUUGGAGUCGGAGUGAACCUGGUGUUGUUCCUGACAAGGGUUGUCGGUGAAAACAAUGCCGAUGCUGCUAACAGUGUGAGCAAAUGGACUGGGACAGUUUACAUCUUUUCUCUGAUUGGUGCUUUACUUAGUGAUUCCUACUGGGGAAGAUACAAAACUUGUGCCAUAUUUCAGGUCAUCUUUGUCAUAGGUUUGGUAUCACUAUCUUUAUCAUCAUACCUUUUCUUGCUCAUGCCUAGAGGUUGUGGGGAUGAAUUAACUCCAUGUGGUGCCCAUUCUAGCAUGGAGAUGGGGCUAUUCUACCUUUCUAUCUAUCUUGUUGCCCUAGGAAAUGGAGGGUAUCAACCUAACAUCGUCUCAUUUGGGGCUGAUCAGUUCGAUGAAGAAAACCCCAAGGAGGGACUUUCAAAAGUUUCCUUUUUUAGCUACUUCUAUAUAGAAAAUUAG